AGCACAGCACAAGCACUGGAGGAGGUUUGAGCCAAAAGUACUCUGCCGCCCGACUUUUAUCGACAUUCCUCGGUCUGUCCGUCUCGCAGAGCGAAGCCAAACGGUUCACAGUGCGUAAUUACGCACGCGGACACACGACAGAUCCGCGGUGUUGCUCGCCGUGGACACCGGCGGACAAAGGAAGGCAAGCAGGCUGGAGUACAACAACUGACUUGUGAGGAGCGGAGUACUGUUGGAGGGGAAACGGGGGACUCUGGAGUCGGAAGUGAUUAGUCUUUUUUUUUCCCCCAGAAAUGUAACUUACGUCCAGGAAUUCAGGGAAGAGAAGAAUCAGUUUGGACGCCGAGGAGAGAAGGACAGAUAGAGUUACUGAGUGGAAUCCUACCACAAACCAGCAUCCAGAUCCUCGGAGCAUGGGAAGAGUUGUCAGCAAGCUGUAAAAUGUACCCGCUACAUCGAGAGAGGGAGCAACCCAUCUUCAGCGCCAGAGCUCAUGUCUUCCAGAUUGACCCGGCCACCAAACGCAACUGGCUGCCGGCCAGCAAACAUGCCGUCACCGUGUCCUUCUUCUACGAUGCCAGCCGCAGCGUCUACCGCAUCAUCAGCGUGGGUGGCACUAAGGCCAUCAUCAACAGCACCAUCACCCCCAACAUGACCUUCACCAAAACCUCCCAGAAGUUUGGCCAGUGGGCAGACAGCCGGGCCAACACCGUCUAUGGCCUGGGCUUCUCCACAGAGCAGCAGUUACACCAGUUUGCAGAGCAGUUUAAAGAGGUGAAGGAGGCGGCCCGUCUUGCCAGAGAGAAAUCCCAGGAGAGGUUUGAACUGGCCAGCCCUGCGCUCAACAUUGCAGCUCCACAGCUCUCCCAGGAGCUGUCGGAGGAGCGUCAUUCUCCACCCCUGCUGACAGUUAACGGGCCGGGCGAGGAGAAGCUGUUUCGCAGUAAGAGCGCAGAGGUGGAGCUGACAGCAGAGAAGGAGCGGGUCAAGAAGAUGUUGUCUGAAGGGUCCAUGUGUGAGAUAAACCUGGAGGCUGAGCUCUUCACCCUGCAGGACAGUAACAGCAAGCUGGUGGCAGCACUGCAGGAAGCCAACAGCAGCGUGGAGCAGUGGAAGAAACAGCUGGCUGAAUACCAGGAGGAGACCAAUCGUCUCCGAGAACAGGUGGCAGAUCUGGAAGCACAGCUGGGGCAUCCUACUGCUGGUCAGACUGAUAGAGAAGAGCUGAGCCGGUCAGUGGAGGAGCUGGAAGCCCUGCUGAGUGCCAAAAACCAGGAAAUUCACAAUCUACAGAGCAAGAAAACAGAUGUGGGUGAGCUAGAGAAGGAGAGAGAGGACGCCAUGCAGAGACUCCAGGACCUGGAGAGACGAAACGCUGAGCUGGAGGAUCGAGUUCAGAGCACUGAAAAGACGCUGGCCUCCAGCCGAGAGGAACAGGAGCAGGCGGAGCUUGAGGUCAGACGUGUCAUCGAGGUCCUGGACGUCAAAAUCUGCGACUUAAAGGACCUGAGACAGAGCCUAGCAAAACUCAUUGAUAAAUAGCCACAGCAGCAGGUGGGCUGCAUCUCCACAGUCAGAGCCGGUCUCCUUCAUGUGGCCUUGAUUUGUGUUUUAUUCUGUUUGUGAUGUAAUAGAAAUCAAAGCAAUGUGGAGGAACAUGUACCAGUGUUUGCCAUUAUGGAUCUGUUUUUUUUUUUUUUUUUUUUUUAGAUCAGUGCAGGAAAACAAACACAAUAACAGAAAUCUCUUACAGGUGCCAUGUGCAGAAUAAACCAUCUGUACUGUGCAUCACAUUAGCCUUGGAAUAAUUAUCAUAAACAACUGACAGUAUGCUCUAAUUGACUCUGCUACUUGUUUUUUCCACAGUUCCCAUCAGCUGCAUGUCCUCCAGCCCCUCAAUCCUGAAGAGGAUAAAAUGAUUUACAUCAGAUUUUUUACUUUUUUCACCAUAUGUCAUCACUGAUAACUCUGAACUCUGAUAACUGAAGUAUUUUUUCUCUUGGAAAAACAGCACCCUCUUCCUUUUUGGUGUAUCUUCAAGUGUAUUUUGACAGAAUCUGACCUGGUGGUUUACAGAGUAACGGUGCCGAGCAGAGUCUGCAAGAAGCUGAACAUCUUUUCAGCGAUGAUCUCAUUUGUUUAUGGUAAUUAAACUGAUGCCUCACAAUGACACAGAUGAUGAUUUAUUCAUAGCAGUACACUGUACUACACAAAGCACCUUUAAAAGAGGAUUUCUACCAAAAGCUUGCUAUUUUGCAAAGGUAGACAUUUCCAACCAGUUUUUCUACUUCUUUGUGAUCUGUCUUUAUAUAAAACAGAGUAGGAAAUCUACUUUUAUUAGUAUACUCUUUCAUUGACCUAAGAGGCAAAACUAGGAGAAAGACUUGAAAACAGUCAAACACUAAAGGCUUGACAGUGUUUAAUAAAAGCUAGUGGUGCAGAGCUGCAAGUCUCAACCAGUCUACCGUGUCUGGGCACAGACAGUAACUGUAACAGCAGGGGCUGCGUCAAGGUCUGAAAUGCUUAAAAGAUAAAGUUUUAUGAACAGUUACAUUUUUUAUACUUAUACUAAACAAACUGUUUUAUCAGAAUUUCGGACAUUUGGUUUAUAAGAACCUCAAAGUGACUGUCCAUAAAUGCUUCUUUCACUGCAGUUUGGCAGGAGCCCUUUUCACAUUAAACUUAAUAGCCUGAGGCUCACACAUAAUAGUCCUGUAUGAGUAAAGCUUUUGAAUAUACAAUCUAAAAGAUGAGUACUAGUAAGGCAACCGAAAAAAAAAUCAAUCCAUACAAGUAAAAUGUCUGCUUUUGUACAAUAACAACCUUGAGUUUAUUUUGGUGUCAUUCCUUCUUAAACUUUGUGGAGAUGCACCCAGUAGGAGUUUGGUCAGGAUAAGGACACAUGGAGGCAAAGACCCUGAUUAAAGUCAGCUCCAGUUCACCAUCAGCACCCUGGACUGGCCUCACACCAGCCAGAACAUCAACAAACUCAGAGAUGCAACAACCUGCUCCCAUUCUGUCCUCUGAGGCAGUGCACGACCAUUCUUUGCUCAUGUUUCAUGAGGACUGCUCUUUGUCAUCAUUUAUUCUGUGAUUCAUGUUCAUGGAUAGAUUACUUACUGGCAAGAUGGGACAUCAACAUUAGCUACCGGCUAAAAUUAUGCUAAAUUCAAGCUGCAGCUGGUAGGUUUGUCCUUUCCAUCGGCCACUUUGACAGGUGGAUCAGCAUUUGAAGGAAAGGUCUUAAUAUGUCACUGUGGCCUGUGGACAAAGGCGCUGCUUUUCCACCUGAUGUUGCUGAGUUGAACCUGAGAUUGCACUUGAUAAUGUUUGUGCCAAGUUUUAUUUUGUUUACAUUUGUCUGUGUUCACAAAAUGAUCCAGUUGUACUCUAUGUACUUUGGCUGUGUUUUGCAACACUAUAAUUUACCAUAGUAUUAAUAAUAACCUUAGAGAGAGGCUAAGUGAAGCUGCAGAGCAUAGAUCACUAUGAAAGCACUGCAUGAGCUCUGCAGAAGCCCCGUUCCUACCGAGGAAUGUGAAACUGUGUGUGUGUGUGUGUUUGUGUAUUUGUGUGUGUGUGUGUGUGUGUGUGUGUGUGUGUGUGUGUGUGUGUGUGUGUGCGUGCGUGCGUGCGUGCGUGCAUUACUUAGCAGUGUGCUACCUCAGGCUGCUUGAGUUCAAAAGCACAACUGCAGUAGUUUUAGCAAAUGGGUACUUAAUUGACUUGUCUGUCAAGCUUUGUAUGUGAACUUCUGAUGCACAUUAUUGAUCUUUGCUUCUCGCCCUCUGAUGAGUUAUUGAUUUCUUCACAUGACAAUAAUAUAGGUACAAAUAAGGUGCAGUUCUUUGCAGCUGAUGAUGCAGUAACUGCCAGAAUCAUAAUAACGCGUCAAAAUGUGACUUAAACAGGUCAUAACAAAAUCUGCAGUGUGGUAGGACUAUUACAUUAACCUGAAAUUAUUACUUUGUAAGGAUUGUACCAUUUUCAGCUGGUGGUGUAUUUGUCUCAUUCAUUUAGAGUGUGAGUUACUUAACUUUGACAUUUCAUCAUAGCCAGUGAAAACGAUCACCUCAGCCGUUUAAAAAAAAUACAUACUAAUACAGUAACAAUAGUGACAAUACAAUGUUACUUCAUCAAUCACAUUACAAUAUGAUUGGCGUUCCAUCAGUUUGACCAGUUAUUACAUUAUCUGGCAUUUCUGGCAUCAGCUGCGUCAUGCAAAUAUCACUGAAUUAGCAAUAAAGUUUCUAGGAUAGAUGCCUGUUCAUAGUUGAUACUAGUAAUUUGUAGGUAAUGACACCUGUUCUCAUCCAUUUUGACAAGUAUUUUUUCACAGCUCUUUUUUUUUCUCUCAUGGCUUCAAGAUUAGAACAGAUUGUUACCAGACUUUUAUUGAGCAUGAAAAAAAUACAGGGGCCAGCAGCCCCUCAGCACUAGCUCCUCUUAGUUAAUGUCAGAAACACUUAGCAUCACAACAGCCUUAUUCCAGUGCAGAAAAACCACACAAUAACACUGUGAGUACUUUACUUGUAGUUUCUGAAUACACAGAAAAGGGCAGGGAGAUUUUCCACUUACUGUAAGACCCAACUCCCUCCCUGGUGUCUGACCUCUUCACUGAGAUGUUGUGGAGGCAGCUGCUUUUAACUCUUGAGAUCAAUUAGAUAUUGAAUUAUUGAACUUAAACAGGGUUUAACAGCAUGUUACUUUUUAAAGUCCACUAUAUCUAUAUCAGCUGUGUUAUAUAAUAUAUAUUAUAACAGUACAUGAAGUAGAUCAGUAUUCUUGUGUAUUUACAAGUGAAAGGAGAAAUCCACAUUAUAUUUCAGACUACUUGGGCAAAUUCUGGUGAUAUACAUUACACUUUUUCUCCAUUAUGAUUCUUUCCGGCUGAAAUAACAAACCAUGACACUUUACAGCUCCUUACAACUACCAUCUGUGAUAUAUGACCAUCUUGGAUAGGAAAAAAGUUAAUGGCCCUUAUUGGGAGGAUAAGAGUUCAUUCUAGGAAAUCACAAGCUGAAGCAUGAAUAGGUGAAACAGGUUGAGGAACAUUGGCCACACCACCCAAUAAAUGGCAAUAUACAGAAUAUGUUUGAAUAUCUGCCGUGGAUUCCUCCUUAAAUGCACUGGAAUAAGGCCUUUUUAAAACCAGCUAUAAGAGAGAAUGCAGUACCAAAGAUGCACCACUGCCAUACUGAAGCCACUUAAACUGGAAUAAACACACAUCUGUACGAUGCUGAACUUUCAUCUCCAUUGGAUUAUCAAGGAUUAAGUUUGUUUUUAAUUGCUCAGUGUCCAAAACAUUUGACCUUUUAGUAUGACUCAAAAUACCUCAGAAUACUUCAGUUAGUUAAGGUUAGCGUCAUUGAAGUGCUGGUAUGUAAGAACAGAGGGAAACUGUCAGCUGGUGUUGGUCAAUCCAAGGCCACAAUUUUGUUGUUUCACGAGAUUUACUGAAUUUGAGGAGAGCAGGUGUUUGUAUGGGAUUUGUGAGAUGAGUUCCUUAUAUUUGUAAAAGAACUGUUUAACAUUAAAACUCAGUCAUGCAAAGUCACUAUGUCCUUUGUGUGAUGG